AUGGAUGUCACUGGAAGUAUAAGGAAGAAGGAGAGGUCUGUUGGCCUCACAUCUGCCACACAGCUUCGUCCAGGCAAGCAGCGUCGCAUGGCUUUGGUGGCGUUUGUUGUGCUGGCAGCGACUGUAGUCGCCGGAAGUGAGGCUUCCAUCCGUUGUAAGAGCAACAGCAGCAGUCGCCAACCUCACAGGAUGUUCGGAAACGAGGCUGUGAUCCGUCACAUCUUGGAGGACUACCAAAAGCUGGGUCGGCCGGCAAGAGGGAUGGAGGAGGUAGAGGUGUCGUUGAAGGCUGGUCUCAUGUCCAUCGACGGUCUUGUGGAGCAGGACGAGCUGUUCAGCUUCACGGCCUGGCUGACCUUUGUCUGGCGCGACCCGCGGCUGACCUGGGGGUCAGGUGGAGAGGAUGGCAGUGCCGAGAGUCAUGGUCCUUCGUCUUCAUCGUGCCAAGACGACCUUAACCUCGAGGACGUUAAUGUGACAUCGUUGAUUUUGCCUCAGAGCGCCAUCUGGACGCCUACCAUCUUGGUCAGUAACUCAGUGACUGGGUUCCAGGACCUGGCCAGCUCCGACUUUGAAGCAGGUCAGGUCGUGAUAGAGCGUGACGGGCUGGUCACGUGGAUCAUCGGGGACCGCUUCGACGUCCGCUGCAGCGUCAACACCCACAAGUUCCCGUUCGACGAGCAGGUCUGCUUUGCGGAGUUCACCACGGACACCGUGCUGUAUGGGCAUAUAAACCUUCAGCUGGACACCACGACAGUCAACUGUAGCGCCUAUCGGCCUAAUGCAGAGUACGAGCUGAUGGCGACACACCUGACGAGCGAGACUUACUUCGGGUGGCGGCGCGCCGUGCGUCUGCAAGUGGCGAUAACCCGGCGAUGGAUGCAGUAUGUCUUCCAGGGUGUUCUUCCCGUCCUCCUCAUCUCCUUCCUCAACACGUCUGUCUUCCUCUUGCCGCCGGACUGCGGAGAAAGGGUGUCGUUCUCCGUGGCGCUGCUGCUGUCCUACGUCAUCUUCAUGUCGUCCAUCUCCAGCACCUUGCCGCCCAACUCCCUGACGGUGUGUCUCUACUCCCUCUACCUGGCGGCCUCACCUUGUUGUCCACCGUCUCCGCAGCCGCCAACGUGGCCAUCAUCGCCUGCUACAAGCACCGCCGUGCAGGUGGCCAGGUGCGCGAGGCGGAGGACUCACCUGUGCGCCAGUUCAACUGUCCUGGCCGUCAUUGUUUGGGCGCCGACAGAGAAAAGGGUAGCAUGGCUGACGUCAGUUCCUGUUGCCCUAGCUGCGCCAUGGCGCCUGCGGCGACCAGCGACCUCUUCUGGCGAAAAACCACCGGAAACCAACACCGUGGCGAUGACGUCAGCGAGUGUCCGCCGGAAGAGCCGAGAUCGAAGCCCAGCCUGCCACGUGCUCUCAUUUCUGCCGCAGCGUGUCCGUGCACGACUCCGCCAAUGCGCAUGUCAGCUGUCCGCUGGCUCCACCACAGCAAGACGCUCGGCGCCCUCCAGCGAAGGAGAAAGUGAGCACUUUGGCUUUCGGCGUCUCGCUGGCCGUCACGGUGUUCAUCCAUUCUCUCUUCCUGGGGCUGCUGGUCACGUGACGUACGCAGCAAUGGCGGCAGCAGGUCAGGCCGGUGGAUAGCAUCCGGGUUAUCUCUGUCCCCGAGCUUAUUCACGAGAAAACGAAAAUGAAUGCAAGGUCUCGCGAGAGAUAGAGAAGACGGGCCGUGACCAUUCUAUAUCUCCCUCCGGGCUUCUGUUUCUCCUCCUUUUGUUUCCUCCUACCCUCUUACAAA